GUUUUUCAAUUAUUUGUUUUUAGUUUGAAUUCUUUUCACAUAAAAUUAAGUUUUCGAUACGGAACUUACACCUACCGGCGUGAAUAUUAAAUAUUAGAUCGUUUCACACGUCGACUAUGAAGUUCAAAUUCUGUUCGGACGGUGAUUGUCCGCUGUGGGCGUUAGCAGCCCUUCACGCCCUCAGCAGUCUACCGGCUUCGAUAUUCAGGGAACUCGUGCAAAAAGUACAAGAGGAUAAUUCUGAUGACAGCAUCAUGGAAGUCUUGAAAGAUACUAAUUAUUCGUCACGCGACGAAUGCGCCAGGGCUGCGGCAGUCAUCCGCUGGGUACUAAAACAGGCGUGGUCUUGUUCUUGCGGGGGCGCUCAGCUCACGCGAGAUCUACUGGUGCUGGGAGUGCCUCGCGCCCACGCAACUGCCCUAGCGGACGUAGUCGACGAGGGAGCACAAGAUUAUAAAGAAAAUGUCAAGAAUAACGGCUUUAUGGUGAACAAAGUGACAGAUAUUUCAAUAGCAGAAGGUCCCAAAGGUUCAGUGGACACAUAUAAACUUACAAUACACACAGAUAACGUGUUUAUAGCCGAACAAAAUCGGAAGGAGCUUCUUAUAGACAAGAUUCAAGCUAAAGUUAUGCUUGAGGAACUGAAGAAGGCGUACAAGAAAAUGGAGGAAAUUGGAAACGAAACUGGAAAUAAAUCAUAAAUUUUUAAAGAGCACAACUACCCACGUUUUAUUAGAGCAAUUGCUUUCUUAUGUAAAUCACAUGCUAUAUUGUAUUUAUACAUUAUAAGUAUUUAAGUUAUUGGUUUUAUUUAUAAAAAAAUGCAUUUUUUUGUU